UGUGCAUGCCACCAGUGUGGCUCCCUUCCAGGAAACUGUCAGGCAGCCUCUCUCUGCUGAUCACCUAGGAGAAUGGCAGACCCUACUAGACUGGGCGCUCUGCUGCUCCUGGUCGGCACUGCUCUUUGUGCACCUCUGGGUUCCGCGGUUGGGACCCACAGUCUUCACUAUAACCUCACAGUGAGGUCCCAAGGUGGAUCAGUGCAAUCAAGGUCCUUUGCCAAUGGUUAUUGGGACCAUCAGCUCUUCCUUCACUUUGAUAGUGACAAAAAAGAAAAUGUAAAGCCCCAGGGGCCAUGGUCAGAAAAACCUUUGGGAAGUGAAAGCUGGGACACAGAGAUCCAGGAGUUGGCAGAGCACAGCAAGAAUCUAAAAGCAACCCUGGCAGAUAUCAAUGCCUGGCAAGAACAGAAAGGAGGGUCUCAUUUCCUCCAGGAGACUUGGGGCUGCAAGAUUCACAAGGACAACCGCACCAGGGCCUUUUGGAAUUUCUACUACGAUGGGAAGCCCUUCCUCUCCUAUCAUCCAGAGACACGCAGCUGGACAGUGGAGCCAUCCUCAGCUCAGAACUUGGCUAUGGAAGUCAAGAAUUCCUGGGAUGCAGAUGGCAUGCAAAGCAAGGAUUACUGGGCCCACGUGCAGGGAGAGCUUUGUGGAAGACUCAGGACAUACCUAGUCUUCUGGAAGGGCUCCUCCUACUCCCCUGGAGCCUCUGCCCAGAGGACCUUGUUGUCCCCAGCAGUGAAUGUGACCUGUGCUGAGGCCCUGGAGGACACCAUCAAUGUGACAUGUUGGGCUUUUGGCUUCUAUCCCAAGAAUAUCUCUGUGACCUGGCUUCAGGAUGGGGAACCCCUGAGCCAGGAUGCCCAGCAGACUGGUGGUAUCUUUUCCUAUGAGAAUGGGACCUACCAGACCUGGGUGUCUACCAGGAUUCCCCAAGGACAGGAGCAGGGGUUCAGCUGCCAUGUGGGACACAGUGGGAACAACAGCACUGGCCUUGUGUCCUGUGGUAAGCCUGGGAAUCCCAGAAGUGGUUCCCAACCAGGGACUGCACUGCUGCUUCCGAACCAAUGGACUGCCUUCCUGGGUGUGGCUGCUGCUGCUGUUGCUAUGAUUAUGAUUAUUGUUUGUGUCUGCUCCUGCAAGAAAAGGAAGACAAAAUGUACCUCAGAAGGUUCAAAGAUCCCUCUAAAGGAGUGUCCCCUGUGGGAGAUCUGGAUUGUGACCAUGACAAUGCAAUGGGACAGAUGAUAGAUGGGCCUACAGUUCACACUGCAGAAUCUCAGGAAAACCCUAGUUUUCUUUGGAAAGAAGACCUCUGAGGACUAUGAGGAUUGUCGCCUACAGAAGCCCAUG